UUCCCUUUUUCCAAUCGACGAUGGUACAAAGUCAACUUUUUGGCAAUCUUGUGUUAUACUGUUCAGCGUCGCUGACCUUUUUUGUUUGAUUGUUUCAUUAGUCUAAUAACGUCAACAACAACGCAGAUCGUAAGAGAAGAAGAAAUAGCAAUGCUGGUGAGGCAGACGAAUCGCAAGCCGAUAUUUUGUCACCCGAGCCCAUGUCAUCUCUAUUUCAAUCAUCUUUCCCUCAGACUCAGAGAACACCCAACUUUUUCUCUGACGUUAUUGACGAAGUGGCUGAAAAUGAAGUUCGCGAAGAAAACGAUGCAUUGGAUGAUUCAGACAACGACGAUAUUGAUAUGUUCCAUGAUGCUGAGAGAGAUUAUUUCCCUGACGAACAACUUGAUCGUUAUGAAGAGGAGGGUGUAGAUGAUACUCAUUACGCACCUCUUGAUAUUGGCGAACGUAAUGCCCUCGAAAACAAUUUAAACAGACGGGAUGCAGAGAUCAGACGUAGAACCGGAAACGUGGCAGCAGCAUUUUUACCUGCAUUGAAUGAAGACGAAAAUGAUACAGAACCACCACCUAGACGACAUCGUCAUUUUUAUGAUGCAGAAGAGUUGGACCAUGAUGAGGAUGGUGUUCCUGAAAUGUCAUUAGAUGAUCUUCGAAACGUAAAGGAUUCGUCACUGGCUGUAUGGGUUACAAGAGAACCCGUACGUCGUGCUAUCAAGCGUGAGUUCAAGGGUUUCUUACAAACCUACGUUGAUGAAAACGGCACGUCCGUUUAUGGUGGACGUAUUAGAGACAUGGGUGAAUGCAACAGAGAAUCCUUUGAAGUCAGCUUCGACCAUCUUGCUCAAAAUCGGACCAUUCUCGCCUAUUUCUUAUCCAACGUUCCUCUCGCCAUGUUGAAAAUUUUGGAUGAAGUAGCCUUAGAAGUCACCUUAAUGCAAUUCCCAGAUUAUGAGCGUAUUCACAAAGAGAUUCAUGUUAGAAUUACUGAUUUACCUCAAGAUCUUUCAUUGCGUGAUCUGCGACAACAUCAAUUGAAUUGUUUAGUGCGUGUAUCGGGUGUCGUUACUCGUCGUACGGGCGUUUACCCUCAAUUAAAAUGGGUCAAGUACAACUGCGGUAAAUGUUCAGCCCUUUUAGGUCCCUUCUACCAAGAUAUUCACAAUGAAAUUAAAAUCAACACUUGUCCCAGCUGUCAAAGUAAGGGGCCUUUUAUCGUCAAUAUGGAGCAAACCGUGUAUCGUAACUAUCAAAAACUGACAAUUCAGGAAUCACCCGGCACAGUACCUCCAGGCCGUUUACCUCGACACAGAGAAGUGAUUUGUUUGUGGGAUUUGAUCGAUCAAGCGAAACCAGGAGAGGAAAUUGAAGUGACCGGUAUUUACCGUAACAACUUUGAUGCAUCCCUCAGUACCAAAAACGGCUUCCCAGUAUUCGCCACCAUCAUCGAAGCCAAUCACAUCAAUAAGAAGGAGAAUAUGUUUGCGGCAUAUAAACUCACUGAAGAGGAUACAAAGAAAAUUAUUGCCAUGGGCAAAGAUAAACGUAUUGGCAAAAAGAUCAUGAAGAGUAUUGCUCCAUCCAUUUAUGGUCAUGAGGACAUCAAGCGUGCUAUUGCUCUAGCUAUGUUUAGUGGCGUUCCCAAGAACAUCAGCAAUAAGCAUACGAUUCGUGGCGACAUUAAUAUCCUCAUGCUAGGUGAUCCUGGUACUGCCAAAUCGCAAUUCUUGAAAUACGUAGAAAAGACCGCACAUCGUGCCGUUUUCACAACAGGUCAAGGUGCAAGUGCUGUUGGUUUGACAGCUUCAGUUCAUAAAGAUCCUGUCACGCGUGAAUGGACAUUGGAAGGUGGCGCGCUUGUGUUAGCGGAUCGUGGUGUCUGUUUGAUUGAUGAAUUCGAUAAGAUGAAUGAUGCAGACCGUACUUCUAUUCAUGAAGCAAUGGAACAGCAAUCCAUUUCUAUUUCAAAAGCUGGUAUUGUCACCACAUUACAGGCGAGAUGCUCUGUCAUUGCGGCUGCAAAUCCUAUUCGUGGCCGUUACAACUCUUCGAUUCCUUUCUCCCAAAAUGUUGAAUUGACAGAACCCAUCUUGUCUCGUUUCGAUGUGCUUUGUGUUGUGAAAGAUAUCGUUAAUCCAGAUCAAGAUCAUACUCUAGCUAAAAACGUUAUUGGAAGUCAUAUCCUCAGUCACCCCCUUCAUAAUGAAAUGGACGAUCGAUUUGCCCAACCUAGAGAACAGGAUGCAGAUAUUAUUGAUCAGGACUUACUAAGGAAAUACAUCAUGUACGCUCGUGAAAAGAUUCAUCCAAAAUUACAGCAGGUGGAUGAAGCGAGAAUCGCUACCCUUUACUCAGAAUUGAGAGCAGAAUCACUGAAUAGUGCGAGUAUUCCUAUCACUGUCCGUCAUUUAGAAUCUAUGAUUCGUCUCGCUGAAGCUAAUGCCAAGAUGCAUUUAAGAGAAUAUGUACGUGCAGAAGAUGUGGACAUGGCAAUCAGAGUCACGUUGGAUAGUUUUAUCAGCGCACAGAAAUUCAGCGUUAUGCAAUCGCUUCGUAGACGCUUCAUGAAAUACAUCAGAAACGUUCGUGAUAAUCACGAGAUGUUAUUCGUCAUACUUGAUGAACUGUUUACUGAACAACGAAGAAUAUAUCAACUUCGUAAUAACAGACUUCCUUCAGAGGUCAGUAUUAGCGUGAAACAGUUUGAACACCGUGCACAGGCUGCGAAUAUCACAGAUGUGCAAAGCUUCUAUACAUCCGAGCAAUUUGUAAACAAUAGAUAUACCUUGAACACAACCGACGGCAAAAUUGUUAAACAAUACAUUUAAUUCACAUCAUCCUCCCUAAUAUUCGUCAUGUACAUUUUACAUUAAGCUUUAAAUAUAUUCUAUACUAUCCUUUUUCUUUGCGUUUAAUUAUAUGAGAAAAGAUGGAAUACAAUAAAGUACACCUACUAUCCUAUUGCUAUUUACUUGAAAUCAUCUUUUCAAAGCAACGACACGUAGUCUCACAUACAUCAC